AUGACCUCUAGUAUCGCCAAAGAGAAAGAAAAAGAACGAGAUCCGGAAGUUGGACAAGACGAUGCGACUUUGGUCGAAACUGAUCGUAUCCAGUCGGGGGGUGAUGAGGAGAAGCAGCAAGAUGAAUGGAUUGUGAAAUGGGAUGGACCUGACGAUCCAGAAGAUCCUUUAAAUACACCUGAGAUGAAAAAAUGGAUAAUGACUGCCGUCUUGGCCAAUGCGUGCGCCUGUGUAACUUGCUGUUCGUCCAUGGCUGCAGACGCUUAUGCGGGGAUGGAAAAACGAUUUGGCGUUUCACAGGAGGUUUGUAUAUUAAGCGUCUCUCUCUUCGUCGCUGGUUUAGGAGUUGGUCCUUUGUUUCUUGGACCCAUAUCGGAGUUUGUGGGUCGAAGUAAGGUGUUACAUUACAGCUUUGGUGCUUUCUUUUGUAAGUAUUUUCAUCCUUCUGAAUCCAACAAAAUCGCCGUUCACUUGGUAUUCAGAUUUUUGACAGGAUUCGGAGGUUCAGCUUUCCUCUCAGUAUCAGGAGGAGCAAUCACGGAUGUCUUUCGAAAUGAGAAGGUCGGAACACCAAUGCUUGCCUUUUCCGCUAGUCCAUUCAUCGGACCUGUACUCGGACCUUUGAUAUCUGGGUUCAUCAACCAAAAUGCUUAUUGGCGUUGGACGUUUUACGUCGUCUUGAUAUGGGCUGGCGUGAUGCUCGUUCUGCUGGUGGUUUUCGUUCCGGAGACAUACAACAGUGAGCUUUUACGACGAAAAGCUAUCAGGCUCCGUAAGCAGACAGGGGAACAAAGAUGGAGAGCACCUGUAGAGUUAUCGGAUAGGACUUUUGUACAAGCGUUGAAGACGAGUAUCCAAACGCCAUUCAUUUUGAUGUCCACUCAAUUGAUGGUGUUAUUCCUGGAUCUUUGGUCUUCCAUCAUUCUCGGAAUCCUCUAUCUAUCCUUCGGUGGUAUUAACUAUAUCUUUCGAACUCAAUAUGGAUUCACGUUAGAGCAGACCGGUCUGGCGUUCUUAGGUAUUGGUGCCGGUCAGGUCAUAGCUGUCUUCACUCAACCGUAUUUCAAUAGACACUACAAACGAGUCGCCCUUGCCAAUGGCGGCAAAGCUCCUCCAGAAGCUCGUCUCAUAGCUGGUUGUUACGGCGCCGUCCUCUGUCCUCUCGGAUUGCUCCUCAUGGGAUUGACAAGUUUCAAGAAUGUCCCAUGGAUUAUCCCUAUCCUCUGUUCGAGUUUUUUCGGUUGGGGUAUGGUAUAUAGUUUCACCAGUACUUUUACUUACUUGGUCGAUGCAUAUAGACCUGUGGCCGCCAGCGCUUUAGCUUCUAAUUCAUUCAUGAGAUCCGCCUUCGCAGCUGGGUUUCCCUUAUUCGGUGAACAAUUAUACGAACGAUUAGGUGCUGUAGGGGGGACUUGUCUAUUAGGCGGUUUAAUGUGUCUUACCAUACCACUUCCUUUCAUAUUCCAUCGUUUAGGUGCUAGAAUACGAUCUAGAUGUGAUGUAGCUUCUCAGUAG